AUGAGUACCCCGGAAACCUCGAGAGAACCAUGUCCGGACAGGAUCUUGGACGACAUCGGUGGCGCUUUCGGCAUGGGCGCCGUCGGCGGCUCCGCUUUCCACUUUCUAAAAGGAGUCUACAACUCACCAACCGGCGAACGUUUCAUCGGCGGGACACAAGCCGUUCGUAUGAAUGCGCCACGUGUCGGUGGUAGCUUCGCCGUAUGGGGUGGAUUGUUCUCCUGCUUCGAUUGUACCAUGGUCUACGUACGCCAGAAAGAAGAUCCAUGGAACUCGAUUAUCUCCGGCGCCGCCACCGGUGGGUUCCUCCAGAUGCGCCAGGGUUUAGGCCCCGCGACUCGUUCUGCUGUUUUUGGGGGUGUUCUGUUAGCUAUGAUUGAAGGUGCUGGAAUCAUGCUUAAUAAGUUCCUAAGUGCACAACAGCCUCCACCGGUGAUGAUUGAAGAGCCACAACCACCACCUCAGAAUGUGCCUCUAGGGUUUCAGUUUCCUAAUCAAAGCCAUCCGCCACCUGCUGAAUCAUCAUCAUCGACAUCGUGGUUUGGUGGAUUAUUUGGUGGCAAGCAGGAGAAGCCAAAUCCGAAGGUCAAAACUGAAGUUCUGGAAAGCUUUGAUUCGCCAGCGCCUCCAUCUUUUGAAUUCAAAUGA